AUGCAGUACGGUGGUGCUGUAGCACAGUAUGGGGCGUACCAACAACGCUACCCUGUUGCUGCUAGCCAAGGCGGGAUUGCUGCCAUUCCUUCCCUUAGCAAGUCGCCAAUGAUUCGUGAUGUGUGGGAGGACAACUUAGAGGAGGAGUUCAGCGUCAUCCGGUCCCUUAUCAAGGACUACCCGUAUGUGUCCAUGGACACGGAAUUCCCCGGAGUGGUAGCGAAACCUGUCGGUAAUUUCAAGGCAACUCACGAGUUCUACUACCAAACUCUUCGCUGUAAUGUAAAUAUGCUCAAGAUGAUUCAGCUAGGAAUUACGCUGCUCAAUGAAAAGGGCGAGGUACCCGAAAACUGCUGCACCUGGCAGUUUAACUUCCGCUUCUGCCUCACAGAGGACGUGUAUGCACAGGAUAGUAUCCAAUUGCUUCGCCACGGCGGCAUUGACUUUGACUACUUUGCGCAGUACGGAGUUGAGGUGUCGCAUUUUGCGGAACUGCUCAUCUCGAGCGGCCUCGUCCUCAACAGCGACAUUCGCUGGCUCGCUUUCCAGGCCGGAUACGACUUUGGGUACCUGAUGAAGGUAGUCUGCGGCAAGGAUCUUCCGGAGAAGGAGGAAGACUUUCUGCAGAUCUUUCACUCCCUCUUUCCCUGCGUGUACGACAUCAAGUAUCUUCUGCGUUCCACGGAUCUCUCGCACUCCCUCGGUUUAGAUCACCUCUCGGCGAGCCUCCGGGUGCGCCGCUUCGGCAUGGCGCACCAGGCUGGCAGCGACUCCCUCCUCACUGGCCACUGCUACUUUAAACUGCUCCGGGAGUGCUUUGGCGGUAAUCCCCCCAUAGGCAGCAACGGUGUGCUGUACGGGUUGUACGAAGACGCGUCGGCGGCGGCAACGCCCAGCAGCACGACGAUACCUGGCGGAAGUGCGCACACCUUCGCGUCGUUUGCCGCCGGCAAAAGCACGGCAUUCCCAUCCACGCCGCUCUCGCACACGCUGAAGGGCCACAACUAA